GGCUCCUUGUCUUCGGGCUUCCAGGUUUGCCCUUGUAUUUCAGAAUGGACUCAGAUCAGGACAUUCGGCUUUACCAAGGCAAAAAAUUUCGUUUAUGGAUACUAUCGUCGUCGUCACUCUGUGCAGCUGUGCCCAGGUGGACAAUUCUCUGGAUUUAAGAAGUGAGUGCUUGCUGCUUUGCGUGUGGUUUUGAUUUUCUAUUGUCCGCACCACUUUGGAGCAUUUCGUUCGUUUGAGUCACUCUUUUCUGUCCGUACAUUCUUUUACUUGUUUUCAUCGCCAUGCGUCCUGCGGUCAUCGCUCUUUUGGCGCUGCUUCGUUUUGGAGUUGUCGUACAAGGAGAUGCGUCAAGCAAUUAUACAGCACAGCUGCUAAGCUCAGGCACGAUCAAGCUUGGCGAUUGGCAAGCAGCCUACGAUAAAGCCUAUGCCAUUGUCCAGACAUUGAACACAACCGAGAAGCUGUCAAUCAUCACUGGAGGGAGUGGAGGAAACUUCAGCGCCCUCGACAUGUUGGACUCUUCAACUAACCCUCUCACUUACUACUACGUUACAACAUGGCCUGCUGGGGGAGCAAUGGCAAUGACCUGGGACAAGUCGGCCAUUCAAAGUCAAGGCAGUGCACUCGGUGCUGAAUUCCGUGGAAAAGGAAUCAAUCUUGCCUAUGCACCCACACUUGAGCCUUUGGGUCGUUCAGCCUGGUGCGGGCGGAUCGGGGAAACUUACGGAGCAGAUUCUUACCUCAAUGGAGCUAUGGGUGGCAGCUUUGUAAAAGGAGUCAGCAGUGCCGGUGUCAUUCCGAGCUCGAAACAUUUCAUCAUGAAUGAACAAGAGACGAACCGUGACGGAACGGGCAGCGGCGGAGGCGGGGGAAUGGGUGGAUCUCCUUCAAGCACCUUUAGCAACUUUACUAUUGCGGUGAGAUAAAACAGCAAUUCGACAACCACGAGCUCCUCGGCGAGUGCUAGUAGUUCUGCUACCAACUCCACUUCGACUUCCAGCGACGAAUCCUACAAUGUUGCGAUCGGUGACAAAGCUUUCCAUGAAACUUAUUUGGCUCCUUUUUACGAUGCAGUCAAAAACGGAGUAGGCGGGACGAUGUGCGCGAUGAGUUAGUCUUGAUCU